AUGCAUCUCCCAUCAGACCUGAUCCUGUUGAUGGUCUUGCUUGGACAAUGCUGCCAACUACUCUUAGUUGGGGGAGUCGAAGUAACGCCGUUACCUCAACGAGUGCAACUGGGUAUCCCACUGGAGAUCGUUUGCCGUGCCGAGCGGAGAGCUGGGCCAUCCGUAGCUUUAUCAUGGCGAUGGAUAGCCAAUGGUGUAGUCGUCAAUCUCGACCAUAAUCGCCUUCCACCAGGAGCUGAAAAGAUAGUAAAAGGUAUUCUGAAUUCCGGCCCCAGUUCCAUCAUGUCGAUCAUCAGUCGCAUCCGGUGGACUGCUGUCCCAAAAGAAGCUUCGGGCAUCUACCAGUGUCGAAAUUUGAACAGCGCCAACCAGCUGACAAGCAACACCACCUUGACUGUCUCUACUUCGACCCUGAAUGGCGAUGAUAAUCGUGGGAUGCGCGAAUUCCACGAUCGGACAAGAGACGUCCACAUUUUCACGAGAGGAUCGACUUUCAAUUUGACGUGCUAUAAUGGUGACGCAUUCGGUCAGGUGGAAUGGCUCGGACCUUACAGAAUGGAGGAGGAUGCUUACUAUCACCGCGAAAAAGAAACACCUCCAAGAUUCCGGUGGUUAAAAAAACUCGAAUUCGACGGUUACUCCGAGUCCACCUCUAUUCUGAUUGUCCAGAACGCCAGUUAUUUGGACACGGGCUAUUACACCUGCUACAAUAAAGAUAACCUGAACGACAUUUAUUACCGUCAAUUUGUUUACGUCGAAGAUCCUGAACAUUUAAUACUUCCACCGGCCAUGCAGCCCGCGGGGCCCAAUCGGGACUUGCGAGUCAUUGGUCAUUAUUCGGAAUCCAAUGUUCAGGUUGGCUGUGGCCCGACUCAUCCAUCCGUUCAGGUCAUCCUCAAAAAAUUCGACGACGACAAUAAAAUAAUCGCCUCCUCUGAAGUACCCGACGAUCCCAAAAGCGACUGGAGUUUCAAUCCCUUGGAAGGAUUCCGGAUCAAGAUCGUCGAUUCGUGGGAGAUGAAAGGCCAACACCAAUGCGAGGCGACGUGGCCUAAAUCACUCAAGAAGAGCAUUUCUAUGAAAUUCAAAAUAAAAAUUCAGGGAGUGCAAGUACUGACCAAUGUUGAUAAUUCCACUCCGAUCGUAGAGGGAGAUCAAAUCACUUUGACGUGUCGCAGUAAAAACAAAAACGUGAUGGACCUAGCAUGGCGAUGGUUACCUGCUGUUCCACUGCCUUACCAAACGACAAACUCUUUCAUGGAAAUCAGCUCAGCUAGUCUCCCAGCCGGUGGGAAAGGUUAUUCCCUGCCGUUCGAGGACGAAACCAGCCCCCAGGAAUAUCCACCGCCUUUGGGAACGUUCCAGGUACACCGAUUGAAUUGGACCAACAUCCCGAUGGAAGCCAAAGGAAUAUACCAGUGCUACGACGCCAAUAAUUUGAAUAUUCCCGUCAGCAACGUCACAGUGAAUGUCGCUAGUUCUAUGGCACCGUUUAUAGUUAAUGCGGAUGAUGAACCUAAAGACGUUGAUCUGAGAAGCGAAUUUUCACUCGAAUGCCGGGACAAUGCCGCCGUCCCAAAGCCCAGAGUCCAGUGGUUCAUGAGAAUUGGAAACCAUUCGGCUGAAGAAAUCCUGGACGACGAAAGGACCAAGUACCACGACAUCAAUACGUCGGAUGAUGGACGUAACAGCGUCCUCAUCGUUAACUACGCCAGCACCGACAUCACCUACUAUUGCAAGUUCAGCAACAUUAAAGGAUCAAUAGAAAAGUAUUUUCACGUCAAGGUUCACGGAUUGGGAAUCGGAGUCAUCGCCGCUGUUACAGUGGCAGCCAUAAUCAUUACUGGCAUCGUCAUCGUUGCCAUCAUCCUACUCGCUGUCUUCCUUAAACGCUACCACAAACAAAGGGUACCGCAAAUGGCUCAGGUGGCGAUCGAUAAUCGUUUGAUCAAUAACCGUUUAAAGCUGUUAGAGGGCAAUUUGGAAAGAAUCAAUCCCAACUCGCCUUUGGAAGACCAAGUGGACCUUCUGCCCUACAACAAUAAAUACGAAUUUCCCGCCAGUCAUUUGGUUCUUGGGCAACAGUUGGGCGUCGGAGAAUUUGGUCGUGUCGUUCAAGCUAAAGCCGUGGGAAUGGGCCCGGGAAACAGCAAAGUCGCCGUGAAAAUGGUCAAGUCUGCGCUGGACAACACUGGGCUGACGUCACUGGCGUCGGAGCUCAAGAUCCUGAUUCAUUUGGGUUCACAUUUAAACGUCGUGAGUCUUCUAGGAGCCUGCACAAAAAAUCUUGUCCUAGGCGAAUUGAUGGUCAUCGUAGAAUACUGUGCCCACGGAAAUUUACAUAACUUUUUGAUGACCAAUCGUCGCCAUUUCGUGAACGAACUCGACGCAAACGGCGAUCCCUCACCUCUCUGUCAUCAAAAUGCCGCUCCUAAACUGGCGCCUCAAAUAGUUGGAAAUAUUCCCAACUUAUUGACUUCGGCCUCGUCGGAUGAAAGCGCCGCCAAACCGACACCAGCAGUUGACAACGGAUGUAAUAAUUCUGAUUUCACUACCCGAUAUUGGUCACCCAGUUGCAACCAAAAGGAGGAGCCUCGUAGCCCCAUCGUCUGCACUCACGACUUGAUUGAAUGGUCCUACCAAAUCGCCUGCGGAAUGAACUUCUUAACUAAACAAAAGGUGUUGCACGGAGAUUUGGCGGCUCGCAAUGUUCUGCUGGCGGAUGACAACAUUGUAAAAAUCGCCGAUUUUGGACUGUCGCGCCAAAUCUACAAGAAUGGCAUCUAUGAGAAAAAAGGACAAGAAGCUCUGCCUGUCAAGUGGAUGGCCAUUGAAUCGCUGAUCGACCGAGUCUUUUCCUCCCAGUCGGAUGUUUGGUCUUACGGCGUUACCAUUUGGGAACUCUUUUCCCUCAGCAAACAACCCUACCCAGAGGUGAGUGGACUGGAGGGUUUGAUUCAAUUUUUGCAAAAUGGCAAACGGAUGGAGAGACCGGAAUUAAUGCCCAAAGCCAUCGGCGACGUCAUGGCGGAUUGCUGGAAGCACAAUGAGGAAGAGAGGACGACAUUCGCCCAAUUGGAGCAAAUUUUUCACAAGGCAGUCGAUCCAAUCAUCCGUCAACGUUUCGCCGGGCCGGCAGUGACGGAAGAAAAGAACAAUUACGUGAAAAUGAACAAAGAAAUCCGUUUUAAUAAUCCUGAGGCUAAAUCCGAAUAUGAAACGAUGACCAGCACUGAAAAUCGACAAGUCAUUUGGCUUUCAAACGCUUCCACUUCGUCACAGUGCCCAAAUGCCCCUGGCAAAUUGUAUCCGCAGUUGAGUGUGACGAAUUACAUCGACGCCAGAACGGAAAUCGACACACUUCCACAGCCCCCGUUAUCUUUUCAAAAGAGCCUGGCAGACAACUCGACACAAGAUUACCUAGACGUGUUACCUGACCCACAAGUUUGAAAAUUUCUUUCGCAUCCAUUCCCGC